AUUUUGAAAUUAGUAUUCAACUUGGACUUUGCCUCUUGAGCUCUUUGAAAUGGUGGAUCCCCUCUCUACCUCUGCAGUUUCCACCUAAUCUAGACGAGGGUUUGAAAAAUGGGUUGCUCGGGCAACAGAUUUGCUCUCAAUUUAGAAUGGUUUGAUGGUUAAUCAACAUCAAAUCUAAAACCUAAAUGUAAACUCAUGGAAAAUUCCGACUUGUUAUCUCAAGUCAAUCCCAAUGGAGGCUUCAUUUAAAAAAAUUAAAAUAGAAGUCCCAAUGCCGGCUGAAGUGAAACUGUGAAGGAAACUGACAUUCGAAAGCAAACAAAAAGGGCCUCGGACUUUUCUUUCCCAUAUAGAAACUAGAAUUCUUAACCCAUUUAAUAUAUACCCGAUAAGGCACGGCUAAAUCUAAAAUAGUGAGAUGUGUUUCAUAUAAUAUCAUUAACCGUUAAAAUUUAGACAUCCUCAGCCAAGACAGCAUGGCAACCAUGAGAAUGAGAACUUCAACAUCUCCUCAUUUUCCUUCUUUCUUCGUUGUUUCCUUCUCUGUGCUCUUUUCUUCAGUACUUUCUGAGACAAGGAACUUUCUUCCUAUUGGCUUCACCCUAUCUGUAGAAGAUUCUGACUUCCUGACCUCACCAGAUAAAACUUUCACUUGUGGGUUUUAUGGGAUGGGGGAGAAUGCUUAUUGGUUCUCAGUUUGGUUCACCAAUUCUAUGGACAGGACCGUUGUCUGGAUGGCUAACAGAGACACACCUGUAAAUGGCCAAGGCUCAAGAAUUUCUCUGCGAAAAGAUGGUGCCAUGGUCUUAACUGAUGUUGAUGGGUCCACCAUAUGGGAGAGCAAUACCACCUCCACUGAUGUUAGCAAAGCAGAGCUUUUGGAUAGUGGAAAUCUUGUUCUGAAAGAUUCUCGUGGUAAAAUUUUUUGGCAAAGCUUUGAUUUUCCUACUGAUACACUUCUUCCUCACCAAGUCUUCACAAAGAGCACAAAGCUGAUUUCUAGAUUAGGUAGAGGGACAUAUUCUUCUGGAUAUUUUAGUUUCUUCUUUGAUAAUAAUAAUGUUUUAACAUUGCUGUAUGAUGGGCCUGACAUUUCCAGCAUAUACUGGCCUAACCCAGACUUCAAUGUGUUUGCAAAUGGUAGAACAAACUAUAACAGUAGCAGAAUUGCUGUUUUUGACGAAUUGGGUAACUUUUUAUCAAGCGAUCUGUUGCAAUUCAGUGCUUCUGAUAUGGGCUUUGGGAUCAGAAGGAGACUAACCAUGGAUUAUGAUGGGAACCUCAGGCUUUAUAGCCUUAACAAUGAAACAGGAUUGUGGGUGACAACAUGGGAAGCUAUGUUGGAGCCAUGUAAAGUUCAUGGAAUAUGUGGGAAAAAUGGGAUUUGUGUGUAUACACCAGAGCCCAAGUGUUCGUGUCCUCCAGGCUAUGAGGUGACCGAACCGGGCAAUUGGAACAAAGGUUGCAAGCCCAAGUUUAUUCAAACCUGUUCGCGGUCCCAGCAGGUGACAUUUGUGCAGGUCCCGCAGGUAGAUUUUUAUGGAUUUGAUCUCAAUUAUAGUCAAUCUAUUUCAAGAGACUCUUGCUUAAAACUCUGCUUGGAAGAUUGCCGGUGCGCAGCAUUCAGUUAUAGGCUAUCAGGGGAAGGACUUUGUUACACAAAAAGUGCACUUUUCAAUGGUUACAGGUCUCCAGAUUUUCCAGGAAGUAUAUAUCUAAAAUUGCCAGCGAGUGUGGGAAGAUUUGAAUCCGCAAAUCUUAAUGGAACAGAUCCAAUAUGCGGCUUAAAUGAUUCUAUGAUAAUGAUGGGAUCCCCUUCUAUGUAUGACAGUAUUAGUAAGGGAGUCAGAUGGGCUUAUCUCUAUUGGUUUGCUUUUAGCAUUGGCGUUCUUGAAAUACUCUUCAUAGUGUCAGCUUGGUGGUUUUUUGGAAGGCAUGAUAUGCCAGAUUCUAUGGAAGAAGGCUAUCGUGCGAUAACAAGUCAAUUCAGGAAGUUUAGUUACACUGAGCUCAAGAAGGCGACCAAGAAUUUCAAGGAAGAGAUUGGAAGGGGAGGCUCUGGAGCUGUAUAUAAAGGAGUUCUGGUAGAUGAAAGAGCGGUGGCUGUGAAGAGAUUGGAAGGAUCGUAUCAAGGGGAAGAUGUGUUCUGGGCAGAAGUGAGCACCAUUGGAAAAAUCAAUCACAUGAACCUAGUUAGAAUGUGGGGUUUCUGUUCAGAGGCCAGUCACAGACUCUUAGUCUACGAGUACAUGGAAAAUCAGUCCCUGGACAAGCAUCUCUUCUCUACAAGCUCUCUUGGGUGGAAAGAAAGAUUUCAAGUUGCUUUAGGCACAGCUAAGGGUUUGGCAUAUCUUCACCAUGAGUGUCUAGAAUGGGUAAUACAUUGUGAUGUGAAGCCUGAAAAUAUACUUCUAGACACUGAAUUUGAGCCCAAGAUUUCUGAUUUUGGACUUGCCAAACUGUCCCAGAGGGGUAGCAGUAACUCUGAAUUCUCUCGUAUAAGAGGAACAAAAGGUUACAUGGCUCCAGAAUGGGCUUUAAAUCUUCCAAUCACAGCGAAAGUUGAUGUUUACAGCUACGGAGUUGUGAUUCUAGAAGUGGUGAAAGGAAUUCGGCUUUCAAACUGGAUUAGAGAGGAUGGUGAGGCGCAGGAAUCAGAGCUGACAAGGUUUGUGAGAGUGAUGAAGAGGAAAAUCAAGUGUGGAGAGGAGUCAUGGAUAGAGGAAAUAGUGGAUCCAAGGUUGGAUGGGAAAUACAGCAGAAGACAGGCGAAGAAAAUAGUAGAAGUUGGGAUAUCUUGCGUGGAGGAAGAUAGAAAUGAGAGACCAACCAUGGAUUCAAUAGUGCAAGCUCUAUUGGAAUGUGAAGAUCCCUCUUCAGUUUUUGCUACAGUUUUGUAAUUGUGGCAUUGUACUGCUAAUGUUGCU